AUGGAAAAACUCUUCAGAAACCGAGAUCUUAACGUUAGUGUGAGAACUAUUGAAAGAGAUGGGGAGGUAUUAUUCUACGCAAAGGAUGUGGCGGAAUCCCUAGGGUACUUAAACCCACAGAAGGCCGUCAGGGAUCAUGUAUGGGGAUUAAAUAAAGUAUUACUGGGAAAAGCCAAAGGGGUGAACGAAACGUUCACCCGGAAAACUAGGGGUGAACGUUUCGUUCACCCGGAAAACCGUCAACAACAUACGGUUCUUUUAUAUGAAUCAGGAGUGUACCAGCUUACUUUCAAAUCCAAACUUCCAAUAGCUGAGGACUUCCAGGCCUGGGUAUUCAGGGAAGUACUCCCAUCUAUACGAAAAACUGGCACAUACAGUUUACCAGAUAGAAGGUCACUUAGAUACAACCAAAUGAUCCUAUUAAAUGAAACAGACCUCCACCACACAGUCGUGAGUUACAUCAGGGACAACUACCCAGAGGCUGUGGUAAUACCCGGUCUAGGUGAGUAUCAGGACACAUCAUCUAAGAGAUGUGAUGCCUGGAAGAAGGGAUACGGAGGUGGUCAGCCAGAUAUUAUUAUAGAGAAUCCUAUGGGGAAGUAUAAAGGAUUUGCAAUUGAAUUCAAGUCUCCCAAAGGCACCGGAGUCGCAAGUGAAAAGCAAGUGUUAUGGUUCCACAAACUUAUGAAGAUAGGUUACAUGGUGAUGGUGUCAGAUGACCUUGUAAAAACUUGCAUUAGAAUCAACGAAUACUUUUCACUUAAGAAGGUCGCAAAGAAGGUCACGGUGAACAACACACAGUGCGCUGUAAGGUUGUACAGACCUAGGUUCAGUUCAGGUAAGUACUAGCUGCGCUAGCAGCGUCCAGUAACGUAGUUACUGCUAGUCAGGUCAUCUCACCAGUAGAUUUGAGAUACCUCACCAGCAGAUUUAAGUUAUCUCACCAGUUAUCUCACCAGUAGAUUUAAGUUAUCUCACCAGUAGAUUUGAGACAUCUCACAAGCAAAUUUAAGUUAUCUCACAAGUAGACUCUAGAUGUCUCACAAGAUAAAACCCAGUUAAACCUAAGGUAUCUUACAAGUAGAAUGGAAGAUAAACCUGAGCAAACUCAAGCAGUAACAAGUGAAAAGAAGAAAGACCCAAAAAGAGUAGCUACAGGAAAACGAUUAGCCGCAAUCAGUAAAAUAGCAAAGGAGAGGAAAAAGAAACUUGCAGAACCUGAGGAGCCAUCCAGCAAUAACAUGAUCGCAUAUGUAGGAGUGGUCAUCGCAUUGGUAUCCCUUGCUCUAGCAUUUAAUCAGCAUCAGAGGGAAACAAAGAAACCAGAACCUAAGUACAUCCCUGAAACUGUAGAAGUAACCAGGAAAGCUGAUGAGUCCAGGUUAGAUUCACUUGAAUGAUACGUUAAACAUAAUAUAUAUUAUAGCAAGAUGAGUAAAGAAUCAAAGAUGACCGCGGAAGUGUACAACGCAGUGUUACUUACAGCAGGAGCAGUCGGUAUAUCAAUGGCAUCGAAAAAACUAUUGAAAGAACCGUUAGGAACCCCAGAGAAUGUAAAAGGAAUGGCAAAGCUAGCUGUCUCAGUUAGCCUUUCAUCCCUACUAGUAUCUUACCUGAAAGAUAAGAAGUACCUACCAGAUGAUCCAUUUAAAACCUAG